GGAACAAAACAAAGCAUGUUUCUAAACAUUUCGUUACACAUUCCAAUUUUUCAUAAUUUGAUGAUUUUCUUUUUUAAAUGAAAAAAUGACUUCCCGAAAACAAACACCAAACGAUUUCCUAAAACAAAUUAUCGGACGUCCAGUGGUUGUCAAACUGAAUUCUGGAGUCGAUUAUCGUGGCGUUUUAGCUUGUUUAGAUGGCUAUUUAAAUAUAGCUUUAGAACAAACUGAAGAAUACGUUAAUGGACAAUUAAAACAAAAAUAUGGUGAUGCAUUUAUUCGCGGUAACAAUGUAUACUACAUUAGUGCUCAAAAACGAAAAUAUUGAUCAUUAAACAUCAACAAAUCCUUCAUGCAUCGGUAUAACUGUGGAUUGAUUUUUUAAUCUCACCACUAUUGAAGAGUUUUUUACGAUCUCUAUCCAUUCUAUUUCUUCAUUAAUUGAUGUGAAUAAAUUUCGAAUUUCUUUUUCUGA